UUUCAGUGAAAACAACAAGGCAACCAAAUUACACGCGAAUUUUAAGCUGCUAAUUUUAACUGAUAAUUCUUGGUCAAAGAAAAUCGCAGCUUUAGCGACAAUGCGAAUCGAAUCGGAGGACUCAUUUUGGCUGGACAAGGCGGCCUGUAGUAACGCCGAGAGACAAUUUUAUGAAGAACGCAAUAGGUGCAAAGUUAGUAUUGCUGGCCCCGUUCCCGUUCCUGGGCCAGUUGAUGGUCCCACACUUCCAUCCGCACCCGCAAAGAAAACGAAAAAGCAGAAAAACAAGGCGAUGGCCGAGAAGGAACCACCUAAUAAACUUCUCUACAUGAAUCCGCUCACCAUGGAGGCGAACUUUUUCCUGGAAACGCUGACCGCGGUUAACCAGAAAACUACGCCUCCACAGUUGGAUCCGCAUCUUACCAAGCUGCUGGAACGAAUUGUGGUGGGCAUUGAGAAGUAUCUGGACCGGAAUCCCGCCUAUGUGUUGCCUCUUGAUACGUCCGGAGCAACCGGAGGUGAGGGUGUGGCGUUUGUGCAGCCGAAGGAACUCCAUACGAUCAAGCGCACAUUUAGCUGCAGUGCAUGCACUAAUCGCAUUGUGGGAACCACUAUUGCCAAGGCGGUGGCGCACUUGUCGGAGAAUCACCCAAAUCCAAAUCCUAACGGGCAGGCGGUGCACCAACAGCAGCAGCAGCAGCAGCAAUCGAGGCAGGAGAAGAAGCGGGCUCAGGUGAAGGCGCGUCAGGAUAUGGUAGUGCAGCUGCCAAAAAAGGCCAAGGCCAUGAUUGUGGGCGAAAUCACAAAUGUGUUUAAGGACAAAUAUCCUGUGGCGGACAAGCUAAAAGUGAUACCGGAAUACGAUAUUAUCGAGCAGGACCUGAGCAAGCUUUUAACGCCGGCAUUUCCUAAUCAGCAAUUGCGAGUUUACAAAUUUGGAUCCCGAAUAACUGGCAUCGGCACGCGAUCCUCUGACUUGGACGUAUUCGUAGAUAUUGGCAACACCUUUCACACCUUUGAGCACCGAGCAUCGAAUGCAACCAUCAGCAAGUUGCGGGCGAUGCGAAAUUUCUUCUGCGGCAGUGAUGACUGGCGCAUCAUUAGAGUCAUUGAGCAGGCUCGUGUCCCCAUCAUAAAGACCUGUCAUUUGCCAACGGGUAUCGAGUGCGACAUUUGCCUAAAUAGUCUUGGUUUUUGCAACACGAAUCUGCUGAAGUAUGUAUUCGAGUCUCAACCACUAGCUCAAUACAUGUGCAUAUAUGUGAAGAACUGGCUGGAGCGUUGCAAGCUGACGGAGCAAAUAUCAACGUAUAGCAUUACUUUGAUGGUUAUUUACUUUUUACAACUCCAGCAUCUGCUUCCUGCCAUAUCGGGCCUGCAGGUGGAUCAGUCGAUCUCCCAGCUUGUGGGGCCGUGGAUCGUGAACUUCACGCAAAAAUCGCCAAGUGAGAUGGGACUGCAGCAAAUGGAAGUGACCGUGCCCGUUGUCAAAGGAUUCCUGAAGGCAUUCUUUUCAUAUUUUGCCACCUUUGAUUAUGAACACUUUUUGGUCUGCCCGUAUUUUGGACGCGCUGACACUGAAAUAAAGAAUAUUGAGAAAUCACUGCCGAGUCGGUACUCUGCAUAUGUAGCCUCGAAUCCCGAUUGCUUGCUUCAACUGCGAAAACCUAUGGUGGUCCAGGAUCCUAUACAACUUAACCACAACGUGACAAAGGCAGUUACCCGUUAUGGCCUGCAAACUUUUGUAGAUUACUGUCAGCAAACGGCGUCCUUGCUAGAGGAGCCAUCUGCCAAUUGGCGCCAGCGGAAUACAUAAUUCACAGCCCGGAGCAAGGAAUCUCGUGUCCGGUAGCGAUCCCAUCCCUCCACUCUGAAGACAGUUCAGUCGCUGGUCUGUUAAGUUAUGUAUGACUUUGUGUGUGUAAGGGUUUUCCCCUCUGCUGUAAAUUCAAGGCGAUUAACUCCUGUUUGGUUAAUUACAAAACGCACAAAGUAUAUUAGUGACUUCUGUAUAUAUUUCACUAGCAAGCGUUAGUUAUUUUGAGUAUUCCGUAUACGACUAAAUGACUAAUUUAAAGAUAUAUCGAGGCUUUCUUUGCCUGGCAGGGAAUAACUCAAAAUGGUUGGUCAGUAAGUUCUUAAAUACCAUUCGCAUUGUAUAAAAUUUCUAAAAAAUCCGUAAAAAUUAUAAACUUUUGUGCCAAUAAAUAGCAACAUCUAUGUCGCUAAGCUUUAUCUA